UUGUGCAUGUAGAAGGAGAUUCCAGAUAUGAAGUGGACUCGUUCAUUAAUCUGAAUUCCUGACUGGAUUAUACUCUGAUCACUGAGGAUUCCAUUGUUGACAUUGUGUGCUAGUGUAGUUGUGGUAUUGUGAAUAGGACAUCUAAAGUUGCAGUAAGUUCUUCAAGUGACGAGGGAUGGUCACAUUGUGUGUUAGCGGAUGACAACUUCUCGUCAGAUUAGUGCUCUAUUCACGGAAUGGGUUGUAUGAUUUGAUAUCCAUCGGCACUAACACAUGCAGUCAUGGAGGUAGUUGGAGACUGGAAGCCUAACCCUAAAGCCAAGCCGUUCAUCCCCAAACGUCUGUUUCUGCGCCAACAUGGGGCAUCACAAUGCAGUAGGAAGCGGAUUGUGACUAAAUUAGUAAAGCUGUUGAAAGUGAUUUGGAAGGGUGGAUUAGUGGUCGUACUACUGGCGACCAUUGGCAUCAACAUCAUGUUCAUUCUCGACACGAGUCAGAAGCUUCAGGAUGACCCCACAAAACAAGUUUCGUCCCAACCGAAUAUGGAGGUGAACCAAGCUCCCCGCAAGAUCAAGGAGGCGUUGGAUCAGCCCAAGACACUUGGCAUCGAGGUGAUAUCAAGUAAAGCAACAGUCUCUGUGAAUGUUGAUGGAACAACGAUUCUAGAGAAUUCUAGCGAUCUUGGCCGGGGAAUUCAUGUCCUUGUGCUCAACCAAGCUACGGGUAGUGUAAUGGCUCAACGAAUCUUUGACACGUACUUGACUCAUGAAGACGAGGCCAUGGUGCUAUUUCUCAAUAUGGUCUCCGAGGGAAGGAUAUUGAUUAUAACCUUGAAAGAUGAAGGUACAUUCAUGAUGAAACCACCCACUAGGCAGGCCCUGAAAAAUCUCGGUAGUGAUAAUAUCCAGACUCUGAAGUGGAGAGACAUGUGGGCGUUUGUUGUUAAGAAGGGCGGUACAAAGAUAGCAGAGGGAACUAGUAAAAGCGCUGAGUUCCAUAGCUGGGGACCACCAGUGAGGUUGAGGGCCGAGGUGCCGCUGGUUCCUAUUGAAGAAAGUGAAUGUCAAUGGCCUGAUACGGCGGUGAACAAGCGACGACGAGAGUUCUGUUCCAAGUGGGAGGGAUAUGGAAGUGUGUGUAGCUGUAAGGAUCCGGCCCCGCUAGAUCUCAGCGCGGACCCACUCCCCAGUAGUAAUAUAAAUGACGUCCCAGUUGUUGUCGUAGCCAGCAACCGACCCCAGUAUUUAUACCGGAUGCUGCGGUCCCUCAUGUCUGCCACUGGUGCUUCUUUACACAUGAUCACAGUAUUCAUUGAUGGCUAUUUUGAGGAACCAAUGGAUGUAACACGGUUGUUUGGUUUGCGGGGAAUUCAGCAUACUCCAUUAGGAACAAGGACAGCUCGGGUCACUCAGCAUUAUAAGGCCUGUCUCACUGCUACAUUUAAUCUUUUCGCAAAUGCCAAGUAUACUAUCAUCGUGGAAGAAGAUUUGGACAUCGCCCCCGAUUUCUUCAGUUACUUCAGCCAGACACUUCCAUUGUUAGACAAAGAUCCCUCCAUAUAUUGUAUAUCAGCUUGGAAUGACCAGGGUUAUGAGCACUCCUGUAGUGACCCGAGCCUGAUGUAUCGGGUCGAGACGAUGCCGGGCCUCGGCUGGUUGCUCAAGAGGAGUCUGUAUAAGAAUGAGCUGGAGCCUCGCUGGCCCACGCCAGACCAGCAAUGGGACUGGGACAUGUGGCUGCGCCUGAAGUCGAACAGGAAGGAGCGAGAGUGUAUCAUCCCAGACAUCUCCAGGACAUAUCACUUUGGUGCUAAAGGCCUCAAUAUGAACCCAUACUUCCAGGAAACUUACUUCAAAAAACAUUCUUUAAAUGCUUUACCAUAUGUCACGUUAAAGGAUGUUGAUAUGAUGGCCAAAGAUAAAUACGAAGAUCUCAUUAAAAAGUUAAUAACCUCGUCCACAGUGCUGGAUCAUCAUAAAGAUGUGUGUGGUGAAGGCUUCAUUCCUGAAACAAAAGAUAAAACUUAUAGUUUGUAUAUCCAAAUGGCCAAUACCACCCACUACACUAAUUGGCAACAUAUAGCUAAGUGUCAUCAUUUAUGGGACUUGGAUGUACGAGGUUUUCACAAGAGCAUGUGGCGAUUCUUUUUAAAAGGCAACCACAUAUUAGUGAUUGGAGUUCCAGCAUCACCAUAUGCUAUCAACAAACCUCAGAACAUACAACCUAUUGCGUUUAGUAAAGCAACAAAAUUAUAGCGAAACGACUGCUAGGUUUUUAUGACAUCAUAUCAGCAGUGUUCAUACGUCCUGUGAUGGCAUUACCCAUCCAUUUUUAAUCGUCGCAUACUGAAUUGCGGCAGUUCAGUGGUUCAGGGAAUGAGUAUGUAGAGCAGGCUUGCUCCAGUUCUUUAAAAGUGAAAAGGAAGCUGUACUGAUUCAUGGAAACCAGUCCUGUUCUAAGGAGAUGAAAGGCUUCACAAAAUGUUGACGGUUUCUUGGCGCUGAUAUUGUUCUCUCCAAAAACAUUCAAUAUGAAUUGGACCACUGAUGUAAUCAAGGGUCAUUUUCACACAUUGGAGAACUUUUCAGAUUUCUGCAGAAAUGGUCACAUUUUGACCUGAUCAAAACAAAGGUGUCAUGGACUUGAUCUGACUAUGGGAGCAUCUCUUGUCAGUUAAAGCUAAGAGUUUAUUCUGAUGAGAGAUGAUGGAAGUCGUUUAAGGUGCUAAAAUUCCAAAACAAGUGUGAAAAUGAAUCCUUUUAUCAUGAAGUGUUGUGUGAGAGGUCGGGAGAGAAAUGUGGCAUCAUCUUAGCCAUGUUGAAGAUGAAACAAUAAUGCCCCUGUACUGGUACUGUACACAGAGUGGGGGACUCCAGGUGCUCUUCAUGUGGGGGUUUUGUAUAAAAGUAUAAAAUAAAGUUUAAGAAAUAACAAUAAUUCAUUGAAAAGUCAUGACCUCAGCUACCCCAAUCUAGUUCAUUAGCAAAACACUGUUUCAUGUGGUGGUCUGAAGCCAACACUACUUGCAAGAGGGAGUUGGCAAGGUAAACGUCCAUGGUUUGCUGGUAGAUUGGAUGAGGUAUCUCAGGUCCUGGCUAGACGAUGGAUGUAGUAGUCAAUAGGCUUAUCCACACCUUGUGAUGAUGUCCAAGGCUGCUACAUGUAAGGUAGUAUAAAAUUCAAAUACAAGUGAUCAUUGAGUGAUUAUACUCAUGAAUUGAUACUUAACACUACAAACAGCCUAUAGUUUUACAAGUAGUGGCUAUAACAGAUAAGCUGGUUUGUAUCAUUUUUACAUUUGGAUUCACUGAUGAGUCUUGUGUGUAUAUUUUGUACUGAAGAUGCUGUAAGACAGUUAGGAAUUGUACAUAUACUUUGAUUGACAGUCACAAAAUGUACAAAUGAUCAGAUUGGAAAACCUCGGGCAAGUUUCAGUCCCAGGAGGUUUCCUGUAGUCAAAGGGAGUCUAUAGGCAGCUGCCAGGCAGGUCGAAUUACGUAACACAAACCCUAGCUGUUUGUUGGCCUUAAAUGGGGACUAUAGGCAGGAGCUAGGGGUCGGUCAUCUUAAGGUGACUAAGAUUCACAGUUACGGGCCUGGCUUGUGUUAUACAUGUAGUUCAGCAUGAGGUGUAUUCCUUGUACAAGCAUGAAGAGUUUCAAUGUGAGAUGGGAGAGACCCGAUUGGGGACUUUCUGUGUAACCUUACCUGGCAACUGCCAAUGAACACCCUUGUAAGUUAACAGUCAGAAUCUCAUGCCAUGAUGAACAGAUACAUGUACUUAAAGAUAUUUUAUUUUUAUUGACAGAUUUUAUUAUUUUACCAGUCACUUAGUUUAACUGCUGUGGUGUGUGGUUUCUGCCCGAAGCUGCAUUAUUUGUUGGUCUAGUGGUGUCCAUGUCAUGGUAGUCAUGGUGAGGAGAACUGUACAGUAGAGACGUUAUCCUGACAGGCUUUGUUUACCUUGUGGUUGUGACUGACCAAUGAGGACUGAAUACUCCACAGCUCUAGCUGUCUAAACCUGUGGACUAUUUCAGUUAUAUGUGUCUUGCCAGUUAAAUAUCUCUUAAUCACAAAUUAUUUAAAGAGAUACUGUUUUUAACUUUGUUUAUUUUUACCAAUUUCACCAUGACAGCAACUGAAUCAGAUCGAAAAUACUCAUAAUUGUGAUUUUGACCAAAUCUGUUGACACCGGGUACAUUGAAAUCUGACAUUGUAUGAUACAUCCAACGACGACAGACAGCUCAUUCAAUGUUGUCGUUGACAGUGACUUCACAUAUUAAAGGCCCACCAGUUCUUCUGAUUUGUUCAUGACGUUCUCCCCCCUUCAGUGUUUAAUAACUGCUGAUUUGAAGAUAACAAGCUUGAUUUAAGCUCCCUCUUUUCUCAAGUGGCAAAGCCAGUCCAGCUAUUCUUUUCCAUUUAAUAUGUGAUUUUUUUCCCACCUUCCAAACUUCAAAUACCUCACUUUUGAGUUGUGAAAAAGCGGGUGAUCCAGUGAUUUAUGUUAAUUCUUGACCUGAUGUAAAGACACAUUCGAAUGAGGUGAGCAAACUCUCACAAUUAUUGCCCAUUGUGAGGUGAUACCAGUGUUAAGCCGAGUCUUUAGACUUUGUAGUGUUGUAUAGUAAUUGUAAAACCUUUCUUAUGAGUAGCACUGUAAUGUGUAAUUCUUGGAAUUAAGUGUGCGAGAUUAUUGGAAUUGGGUAUCAGAUAAGAUACCUGUGAAAAUUCCCACGGUCUACUUUUAAUCCUCCAUUCUCCCCAGCGUGAUCAAUUACGUCAGCAUUGAUGCGGCUCCUCAUUGGAUGGAGACGCAUCAACGUUGCCCCCUGAUUGGUGCAGACAAAGCUGCGCGUGAAUACAAAACAGCUGUCCGCACGCUCUCGGCAGAGAGAGAGAGAGAAAGAGAGAAGAGAGCGAUAGAGAGUUAUUCCAGUCUCCCGAGUAUUUUAUAAUCACGUGCACGAAUCGUCAUCCCGACGAACUAUUUUAUCAAUUAUGACUUUGGUGUGUAUAAUUUUGUGAAGCAGUGUUAGAAUAAAGGAUCCGGACGUUAGAAGGCAAAUUCAGGACUUAUUACGUUUGUAACCUGUGCAAAUACAACAUGGCGACCUUCCCAGGACCUUCAAUUCGUGACAGUGAGUCCGGAUGCGUUUCAGUCUUGGAGCAGAUUCUAUUAACCGAGGACUCCGUUUUUCACGCCACGUGCUAGUGCUACUGCAGUCCAUUAUGUACAUUACGUGUACACCUACGUGAUUU